AUGGCAUCUGCCACAAAAGAGAAAAAAUUAAAAAAAAAAGAGAAAGAAGAAUAAAUUCAAAGUAAAUCUUUAGGAAACUUUCAUAAUUUGGAAUUAUUGUGUAAAGCUGAUGAUAGAUAAAAAAAAACAUUAGAAAAGAUAAUUAAAUAAAAACCUGACUUAGCUAGAAGUUUAAACAUAUAUGCUGAUGGAGUUAAAUAUUACAUAGCAAGAUAAUAACAGAGAGAUAAAUUAUUGGCAGGAAAAGAAAUACCAUUAAUGGAAGUUUCAGAGGAAUAACCAUAAUUGCCAUCAUUACCUCUAAUAACAAAUAGACAAAUGGCAAGAUAAUACAAAUAGGAUUUCUUUCCCCCAAGACUUUUAUCUGAAAGUUUGGAAAAAUAAAAUAAAAGAUAAAUCAAUCCAAAUAAUUAUACUCCUUUUGCAAAUAGAUAAAGAAUACCAAUUCCUGCAUUAAAUCCUCCUUUAAAAAUCAACAGAGAUAGAGAUUUGCCUAAAUUAAAGGUACAUGUUGUAAUUAUCAAAAGUAUAAUUAUUAUGUUGGACCUGGAAAUAAUGGAGAACUAGUAAAACGAAUAUUAUAAAAGCGAGAAUAAUAUUGGACUGCUGUACCUUUAACAUUCUAAUAUAAACACUUUAUGUGGUAAUAAUCAUAUAAUGGUAUGGAUUUUAAUAGAUUAACUCAAUCAGAGAGUUAAUUUGCUAGAGUAAUGUAUAAUUUCUUUGAAUUUCAUAAGAACAUUACUUCAAAGACAGGUAUUUAUGUGAAUUAACUUUAGGUUUAUCUUAAUCAUUACUUUAAUAUUAUAAUAAUAUUGAGAAAACUUUUGAUAUCAUACCUUUAGUUUUUAUGAUAAAUUUUAAGAAUUAGGAUUGGAUGAAAGAUAUUUAAUAAUUUACAGAAUUUUAUCAAACAAAUAAUCCAUUAGUAUAAGCAUCUAUGAAAUCCACUUUAGAAUUUGAUUUUUAUGUAUCAAAUCUGGCAAGUACAAAAGUCAAUUAUAAUGGAAUUAAGACAUAUAAAAUGUAGGAUACUUUGACUAGUAAAACAUAAUAUUUAUGGCUUUUAAAACCAGCUGAUUGGAAUAGGGGAGAAGGUGUUCAUGUAUUCAGUACUCUUGAAGAAGUAGAAACUUUAAUUAAAUCAUAUUAUUAUGGAAAAGGGAAUUAUGAGUGUAAAGAGUUUGUGAUUCAAAAAUAUAUUGAGAGACCAUUAUUGUUGAGUGGAAGAAAAUUUGAUAUAAGAUGUUGGGUUCUUAUAUCUUAAGAUAUGCAAUUCUUUUUAUUUAAGGAAGCUUAUAUUAGAACUAGUGGAACAGCAUUUUCAUUAGAUAAUGUAAAAUAAAAAAUAAUAAAUUAGAAAGAUAGAUAUAUACAUUUGACAAAUAAUGCAGUUUAAAAGAAUGCCCAAAAUUAUGGAUAAUUUGAAGAUGGUAAUCAACUAUCUUUGAAUAGAUUUUAAUAAUUAUUAGAGUAAGUCUAAAAAUUAAAAGUAGUUAAUAAGAGACAACCUAUAAUUUUAGAAAGUAGGGUUGGCCAAUGAUAAAAGAUGUGGUUAAAAUAACUAUGAAUUCAACUAGAUUGAAUAAAAGAAAUAGAAAAUAUGGAAUGCAAUUAUUAGGUUAUGAUUUUAUGAUUGAUGAAAAUCUUAAAUUGUGGUUGAUAGAAGUUAAUGCAAAUCCAUGUUUGGAAGAGAGUUCAAAUCUGUUAAAAAUGCUGAUUCCUAGAAUGUUAGACGAUGCUUUCAAAUUAACAUUGGAUUAAGUAUUCACUCCUGAAGUGGACUUUGGUUUGUGGUUGCCAAAAUUUAAAGUUGAUUAAUAUGAGGAUUAGGAGAAUAUGUGGGAAUCAUUGGGGUUUUGCAGUUGA